AUGGCUACAAUCACCAGCACCGAUAAAUUAAGCCCGUAUUUCCCUUCGGCUGGCGUCGCGAACGAUGGAUGGUCCAAGGAGGACGAAGCGACAGCCACCUGCUUCUGUGGCGCCGUGCAGUUGUCAUUCCCAACCCAAGGCCCUGGGUUUAUUGACAGCUUUGUCUGCAACUGCUCCGACUGCCACAAGAUUACGGCGUCCAUGUUUGCUUCCAACUUCACCAUCGCCGACACGCACCUCACCCAUCUACGCGGCCGCGAGAACCUCACCAGUUACAGCCAGUCGCGCACCGUUGCGUCGGGGAAUACCAUGACGAAUUACUUUUGCUCCACAUGUGGUACGCUUAUGUACCGUGUCGGCUCGGCGUUUCCAGGAAUGAGUAUUCUGCGGAUUGGUACUGUGGAUGACUUCCACCUGCAUGAAACCAAGUUGAGGCCUCAAGUGGAACAGUUCACCAAGCACCGUGUUGGGUGGUUAAAUGGCUUGGAAGGGUGCAAAGACCUCAACGAGGCCCGGCUGCGCGUCCCCCGCUACCUCUUUCGAGCUUUUUCGGCCAGUUCGCGCGGCAGCUUGGAAGCGAACAAUGCUUUAAGCAUUGUUCCGGACGAUCCCGACUGGCUCUACCAGGCCUCCGGGGAUGAAAAAAGUACGCGACUGAUGAUCGAGAAGCACUUGAUGUGGGACACCACGCACAGAUCUGAGUUCACUUCAUGGACCAGCUCACUGCUGUGUGCGCUGCGUCACGCCAUGCGAAAGCUGUACUACUGGUCCGAGCAUGAGUCGCGUGUCUUCAUCGCCGUCCUCGAUACAUCCAACUUUGCCAUCCCUGUCUGGGCGGCAACCGCUCUGUUCGACGCUUACGGGAUUCGACGGCUUGAGAGAAAGCUCGAGCGCCACUACUAUCUCGGCGAGUACCUCGUCCGUGGUGGCAUCAGCUCGGCCAACACAGAUUUCCGAGUCGCUUCUCUCCAGAAACUCCGGAUGGAGGGUCUCCAUGAAUUUCUGCCCGAGCUUUUCGGAUCGCAGCAUGAACGCGAGCGUGGAGACCUUGCUUGCGCUAUCAGAGAUGACAGAGAUGGGCUGUGCAGGCCUGGAGCUGUCCCGAAGACGCUGAAGCGUUCCCAUAUCCGGCUUUCCACGCAGUUGGGCGAGUGUUUCGCAGCGCAGGGGCGGGACAGCGCUUUUGUCUCUGCAGUUGCCGUGGCGUUGUUAGCAAUGCGUAAAUGGGCCCAUCUUUUUGAGGCAGAUCACCCCGCCAAGGUGGAGCUGGAGGACAAGAUCUGGGAGUACCUGCAGGGUCUCGAAUUCCCGGAGACCUUCGGCGGUGAGGAGGACUUCAGCGGCCUGGCCAAUGCGCAUGAACGCUACAAACCCCAGGAGGCCGUUCAAUUCAAAGAGUUGUGGCAAAAUCUUCAUGCCCGCAGACCAACCGAAAACUACCUGAUUGUAGAGGUCUCCAGAAUGAGUAUGAGGAGCGCCUCUUAG